UUGUCACGGUGCACUUGUCGCAUGAUGGCGCAACAUGUUGACCGCUCAGGCACACCGGCAGCUCUUUUAUUACUUGUUUUUACGAUAUUCAAUUUAGUAUACGCUAAUGCAUUUACAGGAGUGAAAGUAUUUAAUAAUCCGAGAGUGAAAUCAGUGAAUGUCCUAAGUAUAAAUCAAUCCCACACGCGAGAUCACCUGCCCGUUAAUUCAGGUUUCUUGAUUGAAAUUCUUGGCACCGGCCUCGAGCGCAACGUUUUUCUACGCUGGUCACCUACAUCCGACAAUUGCAAUUCAAACAACAAAUUGAACGCGAUCUGGAUUGCGCCGAACGGCAGUCGUGCGAUAUAUGAAUUUGUCCAAGUUCCCAAUUUUAAGGUUACCACAAUCUAUUUCUGUCUAAGAAUCGUCACCAGAUUCGGCGAAACAUGGACCAAUCUUGGACGCAACUUUACUAUCAAUCCUCCGUUGCAAUCGGAAAAAUAUUUUCGUACGCGCCGUGCUGACCCACCACCCAUUGUCAAUGAUGAUCAUAAAAAGUUAAUAGCCGAACAUCCCUUUAAAGAAGCAUUUAUCGAAGGCUUGAGAAUAGAAACAGCAGCCAAGGAUCCCAGUUAUAGCAGCGAUGGAAUUCCCGAGAUAUUGGCUGGAAGUAAAGUAGUUAUAAGAUUAUUUGGCUUUGGUAUCACAGAAGAUACUUUGGUCACUUUCACGGACGAACCAGCAGAGAGGGGUUCUAUUUGCGAUAAAAUUAAAAGCAAUGAGUUUCUAGUAAAGAAUGUAAAGAAUCAUACUGCCACUAUUGAUGUGAUAUUGCCGCUUGGGUCCCCGUUUUAUGUGUGUGUAAAACAACCGAUAUAUGGGAAAGAAGGUUCAGAUCUUCUGCUGUUUAAACAUCAAGGUACUGAAACAUGGAAUACAAUUUAUACGUAUGAGAAAUUUUUGCCACUUUGGCUUGGUAUUGUAAUUAUUCUCAUGUGUCUUAGUUUUUCUGCUCUGUUCUCUGGUCUGAACCUGGGAUUAAUGGCGAUGGACAGAACGGAACUGAAAAUACUCUGUAAUACUGGAACGGAAAAGGAAAAACAGUAUGCAAGGACGAUACAACCAGUGAGGAAUCAUGGAAAUUAUCUGCUGUGCUCGAUUUUGUUCUCAAACGUUUUGGUGAAUUCGAUCUUCACUAUUUUAUUAGAUGACUUGACUUCGGGAUUAGUUGCUGUUAUCUGCUCCACCUUGGCGAUUGUAAUUUUUGGUGAAAUUUCACCGCAGGCUAUUUGCAGUAGGCAUGGAUUGUGCAUUGGAGCUAAAACGAUUUACGUAACAAAAUUGACCAUGAUAUUAACAUUUCCAUUGAGCUAUCCUAUCAGCAAACUUUUAGACGUUUUACUUGGCGAAGAGAUCGGCAACGUGUAUAAUCGCGAACGUUUGAAGGAACUUGUAAGGGUAACAACAGGGUACAAUGAUUUAGAAAAAGACGAAGUGAACAUUAUUGCCGGGGCGUUAGAAUUACGAAAAAAAACUGUGGCAGAUGUAAUGACGAAAAUUGAAGACGUAUACAUGUUGGAUUACAAUGCUAUUUUAGAUUUUGAAACAGUGUCGGAGAUCAUGAAAUCAGGUUUCUCGCGAAUACCAGUAUUCGAAGGGGCAAGAACAAACAUAGUAACAAUGCUUUAUAUUAAAGAUCUUGCGUUUGUUGAUCCGGAUGAUAACAUGCCAUUGAAAACUUUAUGUCAAUUUUAUAAAAACCAAUGCAAUUUUAUUUUCGAAGAUGUUACAUUAGACAUAAUGUUUAAACAGUUUAAAGAAGGUCAUAAAGGUCACAUGGCAUUUGUUCAAAGAGUAAAUAACGAAGGCGAAGGUGAUCCAUUUUAUGAAGUAAUAGGAUUGGUCACAUUGGAAGAUGUUAUAGAAGAAUUGAUUCAAGCCGAGAUCAUGGAUGAAACGGAUGUUUUCACGGAUAACAAAACUAAACGUAGGAGACAAGCUAAGCAUAAAAUACAAGAUUUUACUGUGUUCGCGGAGAAGAAAGAAAACCAACGUAUUCAUAUAUCACCGCAGUUGACAUUGGCCAUGUUUCAGUAUUUGUCUACAACUGUAGAUGCAUUUAAGUCCGAUACAAUAUCGGAAACUAUUUUACGUCGUUUGCUUAAACAAGAUAUUAUUUAUCAUAUCAAAGUCAAAUCGCGUGAAAAGGCGAGAAACGAUCCGGUGGCCGUGAUCUAUCAACAAGGAAAAGCAGUCGAUUAUUUUGUUUUGAUCUUGGAAGGUCGAGUAGAAGUUACAGUCGGCAAAGAGAAUAUGAUGUUUGAAAGCGGCCCGUUUACAUAUUUCGGUUCCCAAGCGCUUACCGUUAAUAUAGGAGUUGUGGAAUCGCCCACUAACACGAAUCCUCAAGCAGUGGGGAGCAUACAAUCGAUCAACCUGGAUUCUAUGUUGCGUUGCACAUUUGUUCCAGACUACACGGUCCGUGCAGUAACGGAAGUGUUUUACGUUAAAAUCAAAAGAUCUCUGUACUUGGCUGCGAAACGAGCUACGCUCCUUGAGAAAAGCCAAAAGGAUCCGUUACCCGGUCACGAACAAUUCGACGACGAAGUAGAAAAGUUACUGCACUCUUUGGACGAGGAUGAUCGCAGUGUGCCAGAAUCUCCGGUGUUACCGAUCGAUAAGGAAAAAGAGAUUAAAAAGGAAAAGGACAGUAUUCAAUCUCCCGUUCAUAGCGCAACUGCUCCGACCUCGCCUGCUCCAGUCAGUGCUAGCCCCGUCACGCAUUCGAAGUUCAUUUCAUCGUAUAGCGACCAUAACGGCAAACUAAAGAAUUCUCCGGUAAAGACAUCUUCGAUAACGAGUCCCACCGAUGGGCAAAAUAAAUUAGAUUUGGAUACGGAAAUUCUUGUCCGUCAAGAAGCAAACAGAGUGAUGUCGGUAAAGAAAUUAAUCGAGGACGAAGAAAGGACGAAUCUCCUGCCUAAGCAAGAGGAUUCUUAACGUUCGGAGAAUAGUCGGCGAUGAUUAACCAUGUCGACGCUAUUGGACUUGCAGGUAUCAAACAACGAAGAGCAGGAAAAACCUCUAUGACAUACAAUGCUAUCAUGGCAUUAUGUACUUAACAAAUUACUUAAAUAUUUAUCGCGAAAGAAAUCGAUAGCCGGUCAAUGCGAGUUUUAAGUUUUAAAUAGAUGGCUCAGAGACUGUCCGCGACAUCCUAGUUCUAUGAAGUUAGUACGCUCAGGGAAGAUUGCCAAAUUUACAGACGUUCUCUUAUGCAUUCAACUCUUCUCAUAGUCUACAUAAGUACCGUAAUACGUAACCAAAACUCAACACAUACUUUCACUCAACGAAUGUCUUAUUUCUGUUUAAGCGCCGCUUUACGAAGCAUAAUUGUUUUUUUUUUUUUUUUUUCAUAGGGAGCGGAGACGCUCAUUGAAAGUUGUAUAUUUUCACUGUCAUAGAAAAGUUCAUCUUCUAUUAUUGACCGUAAAAUGCACACAUAUUUUUAACAGUAUCUAAUUAACACCUGUAAAUAUCAUUUAGUCAUGCAUGUUUUUUUUUUUUUUUUAAAAAAGCGAAUCUUCUGAAACGUGCAUUACAUUUAUAGCAAUGAAAUACACAUCUACAUGACAUUUUAUAACGAUCGUGUACCAAUGUUAUUCGUGUUCUUAUGUUCUUUGAAGAACGAAGCAGAUUUCGAAAGGAUUUAAAAAAGAUGGAUAUCGUCGAGGCGUUGUAAUUUUAUUUACUGUCGUAGGAACAAAGAACGUAUCUGAUCGAACGCACGUUGGAUGUGUAAUAGAAGGAAGGACAAAUCGAGAGGAACGGUUUUUUUUUAAAGAAAGUUCAAACGCAUUAUUUAAUCGAGUUUAUAAAUACGUAGAGGAGACGACGUAGAGGGGGUUUUAAGAUAUUUGUUUUUUCUUCGGUAAUCUCGUUUUCCUUGUGUCGUAUUUCUGACACAUGUGUGAAUAGUGUGAAUAGAAAUAACGAAAUAAAUCCCUCAUCUUUGUAAUCAAUAAGACCCUCGGUAUAUAACUACGGUAGUCCGUUAUAUUUUUAUUCAGUGCCUUAACAAAUUAUAAAGCUAUGUUUAAUCGUCUGUAAUGAAAUGCACUUUAAUAGAAAAUUAAUAUAAUUUCAAUAUUAAAUUAAAAAUAAUACGUUCUUUUCGAUCGACUCGCCGUUGUUACGAUAUUGCCGAUUAAAAUAUUUUUUAAAUUAAACAGACAUUCGUUUGUCAUACGCUUUCAUACGAUAUAUCAUAUUUAUUACAUACGUAGAAGAUAUACUCGUGUGACGUAAGAAUUUAGUCACGUAUUUUGAGAUGUAACGAAGUGUGCUUUUAUUUCUGUUACUUGCUGUCGAAAACAAAAACUAAAUUUGCCGAUGUAAACUGACGGUCAACGUUUUGUACAUAUCCUGAGUUUGAAAUAGUUGAAGUGCCAUUCUUCCGCGAGAAGAAGGCGCCAACGUGUUUACAUUCCCACUCCUGUUCCAGUCAGCUGACUCGCAGGCAUUGGUCGAGAACAGCCGACGAUGAUCGGUGACAGCCAAUCAGCGGACUGCAGCAAGAGUGGGGAUGUAAACACGCUGUGCCUUCUUGCUCGCGGAAGGGCGAUAAGAACGAAUAGAAAUCUCCCUGAAUUUGUAAUUGUCCCUAAUAAAGAGAUAAUAAUUAUCUAAUAAGAUGUUAAAUCUGCGAAGUAACGAAAUAAGACAAAAAAAAAGAACGUAUCGUCGGAUUUUUUACGGAAAUAAUAAUCGACUAGCGUACUUAACGUAAGAUAUAUAGAACAAGUUCAACAUAUAGGAUCAUUAGAAUAGCGGCAAGAUCUACAGUUUCUCAUUUCAAUCAUCGCGACCUAUCGUUAUUUUCACGUAAAAUUUAAUAGUUAGACUGUUACUGCCAUAUUUUUUAUACUUACCGAUUGUUGUUUCGAUGUUUGUUUUUAAAAAAAAAAAGAAAAAAAUUUCAGAGUAACAAAUCGAAAAUUCAAAACUGAUAACUACCGUCUGCACGAGUAUCAGUUGUUCGAAAAUCUUGAACGAAUAUUCAAUUUUAAACUGUCGAAUUCUACGUAUGCAUGCUCAUAUUUCGCGAAAGAGUAUAUCAAUAUUAGAUUAGCGUAAACUGUAAAAAAUCGUUCAGAUUUUAUUUUUUAUAUACAUAUAUGUCUAUAUUUAUUGUUUGAACGAUUUUAAGUAAACAUAUAUGUUUGCAUGUGUUUUGUAGCUUUGUGGAAUGUUUUCGUAAAUAUGAAUUAACGCGCGAUAUAGCUUUAAAAUAUAUUCGUUUUAACAUAUUGUGUUUACGGUAUUCUAUAUAUUGCAAAAAAAAAAAAAAUGAACGAUCAAUGUCAGUAUAUUUAAAUGACAUAUAAUUUCGGAUUGCGAUACGUACACACGCGGUACAAUAGAUACAUAUUAUCUAUUCUGUAGCAUUUAUUAUUUUUAUGCAAUUUACUUUAUUUUUAUUGUUGAUUAUUUUUUCGUUGUUAAUUUACAAUAAAAGUUACACGCAACAUUUUUGUAGUUCACUUAGUUAUUAGAUUAUUGGUUUAAAACAAUCCAUCUGUCGCACAUGUUGAAAUUCAUUAAUUCUUAUAAUUUCUCAUAGAAACUAUAGAUGUUAUUAACAUUUAUGUCGAUAUACUUGUAUUCAUACAAAUCUUAAGUCACCUUUGCGAUCGAUGUCUUAACUUACAGACGAAAUUGUAACAAGAACAAAAUUCAUAUUGUGUUACAUUUGCAAUGUGAUAUUUAGUUAACUAAUAUGUAAGGGCGUGCCGACAAACGAAAGUAGUGCUACAUACUGCUUACACCAAUACAAUUUUUUGCACUGUCAGUUAAAUUUCAUCAAAACUGUUAUCCAAGAGAUUAUUCGUAAUAAUUUUUCAUAUCAUUUCCUGACACACGAAAAGGCGAAUAAAGGAUACGAACGAAGGCAUGCAUACCAAAAGAUUAGCACGUUCAGUGUUGGUGUACAGCAGCGAAAAUACCGCACAUACUUUCAACAAAAUUAUACAUUCUGUAUUAUCGUUACUAUAGAAUCGAUGUGUGUCGAUAAAAAAAAAAACUGUACAUUCGAGAAAAAUAGAGUCAAGUACAUAUACUAUAUCAACGUAU